CGGCCGGCGCUAGGCCGCGGUCACCAUGGCAACCGCCGCCGCCGCUUCCGGGUAGCGUUUCCCAGCGGGCAGUGCGCGGGGGAAAUUGACCAAUCAGCGAGCGCUCAGCGCGGCCCCCCGCGGGAUGACGGGAGUUGUAGUUCAGCCGCGGGGAAGUCUCGGCGGGAAUGGCGGCGGGGACGGCCGGGAGGGAACUACAGCUCCCAGGAGGCGCCGCGAGGCCGCGCCGGUUCGGCGGGGCCCGGGACCGAGCGCGCCCCGUGAGCGGCGGGGCCGGGCCGGGACCCCCGGGAGGGACCCCCGGGCCCGGAGCCCCGGGCGGGCCAUGGCGGGGCCGCGGGAGCACCGGCUGCAGCCCGGGGACACCCUGCCGGGGCUGGCGCUGCGCUACGGGGUAACGAUGGAGCAGAUCCAGCGCGCCAACCGCCUCUACUCCUCGGACACCAUUUUCCUGAAGGCCACCCUGGUGAUCCCGCAGCCCCCGGGACAAUCCCGGGAACACCCCGGGGACGAUCCCGGUGACGAUCCCGGUGACAAUCCCGGGGAUGAUCCCAGGGAUGAUCCCAGGGAUGAUCCCGAUCCCAGGGAUGAUCCCGGGAUUGAUCCCGGCCCUUCCCGUCGCGACCUCUCGGCCUCGGAUUUCCUGCGGCGCUUGGACGCCGAGAUCGGCCGCUCCAAGGAGGCGGCGGCGCAGCGGCUGCGGGGACGGGAGAGCAGCCCUGAUGACGUCACUCGGUGUCCCCACAGCCCCAGUGAUGUCACCCCAUGUCCCCACAGCCCUGAUGACGUCACCCGGUGUCCCCACAGCCCCGGGCCGGGCCGGGGUGGCCCCGGUGUCACCCCUGGGUCCCCUCGGGGGGCCCGGCUGGGACCCCGACCCCUCACCAGGACCCCGCGGGCGGCCGCGCUCAGGGACAGCGAGGACGAGAUCUUCACCUUGUGACAGUGAUGGGGACACUGGGGACACUGGGGACACAGCUGGGGACACAGCUGG